UACAGGUAUGGCGAAACAACUUGUGUUCAGGAUAACGGCGAUUGUUUUCCUUCUAGCGGGACUUUUGUUUCUGUCAUCAGCAGAUAUGAGUAAGGUGUUAAACUGUGAUAUACAGUGUCCAACAAUCAACAUUCCUCGUAGAUGUCUUGCUGAGGAUUUUAUCGUUCUUGAUGGAACAAUGUGUAGAAGUUGUGAUAUUGACCUCUGUUUGAUCUUAGAAUGGCCACCAAAAGUCUCAGUUCCAUAUUGUACAAAUUCUAACUGCAAACACCAUCAUGUUCCAGAAAGAUGUAUGCUCAGGCGUUUCAAAAAAAUAAAUAUGUUAACUCUGUGUCGAGAUUGUGAUAUAGACGUCUGUAAAAGACCUCCUAAGACAAAUGUCAAUACAAAUACAACAAACGAAUUAAAAGUGAGACCAUUGUGUCCGAGACUUAGAUGUAAAUUGACUGGCAUUCCCAAUGAUUGUCUUAUGCCUUCUUACGAGAUUAUUAAUGGACAGAGAUGUAGAAGGUGUGACGAAGAUGUAUGCCGCCAUCCACCAUCAUUACGAAUUCCUUCAAAACGCCAUGUCCGCUAUUGAAUAAAUCUUUAGAAGUUA